AUUACCCUCCCUCUUCUUUCCCAAGGCCCUCUCUCUCUCUCUCUCUGCCAAUUUUCAAUCUAGGGUUUCUUUUUCUUUUUCUUUUUCUUUCCUGCAUUUUUUUUUUCUUGGGGUGCCUGAAGUUGCCGGAUUUGUGUUUUUAAGUUUUGGGGUGAGUUUACUGUUUACAUAUGAGUAGAAUUUAGGCAUUCUUCAUGAUCAAACUCUAAUGUGUGAUCUUUGUACUUGUGGGUUUGCAAAGCUGCUGUCUUUACUCUCUUUCCCUCUCUCUCUCACUCACUCACUCUUUCCAUGUUCGUUUGCUGGGUGGAGGCUUCAAGAUUGAGAUGCAUAGCAUUGUUUGCGAUGCUGAUGAAAAACCCAUGUUAAACCCUUAGGAUUAUUUAAACAGUUUUGCUGUUCUCGGAAUUUUUUUUUUUUUUUUUUUGGGUAUUCUUUUUGAGUUUGGGCUUGUUUUCCAAUUCCAUUCAUUGGUGAAUCAGAGUAUAGGAGUUUGUUGUUGUUGUUGUUCUUGUUGAGAAGGAUUCUUUGUUGGAUUUUUUUAAGUGGGGAAUUUUAGUGAGUAGAUGCAUGGAUAUAAGGGACGGGAUAGGGCUCUCUGGCUCAGCUUCAUACUAUCUGAGUAGGGGGGCGGGUUCUGGGUCUGGUGGCGGGCCGCCGCCGCCGCCGCCCGGUAUUCCGGUUGGGUUCAAGCACCACCCAAACCCUAACAUUGCAGUGCAGGCCAAUGUUAGGGGUGGAGGGGCUGUGAGCUCAGCUUUCCAAGUUGAGGAUCCGCCGGGCAGUAUCGUUCCUGGCAUCAGCAUGGGAUCGAGCUCCGGCGGCGGCUCCACCGGCGGUGAUCCGGUGAAGAAGAAAAGAGGGAGGCCGAGGAAGUAUGGCCCUGAAGGGGCUAACAUGUCUUUAGCAUUGUCUCCCAUGUCCUCCUUGCCUUCUCCAGGCUCCAGUACUCCUGGCCCAAAACGUGCUAAGGGAAGACCUCCUGGAACUGGGUGGAAGCAACAGUUAGCUCCUCUUGGUGAAUGGAUGAAUAAUUCAGCUGGGCUGGCCUUUACACCGUAUGUCAUACAAAUUGGGGUAGGGGAGGAUAUAGCAGCAAAAGUAUUGGCAUUUGCAAAGCAGAGGCCAAGGGCAUUAUGUAUAUUGUCAGCUAAUGGCACAGUUUCUGCUGUAACGUUGCGGCCACCGGCAAGUUCUGGCUCUACUGUUACAUAUGAGGGCCGAUUUGAGAUCCUAUGCCUGUCUGGUUCAUACUUGGUUUCUGAAAAUGGUAGCCCGCAGAAUCGUACAGGUGGUCUAAGUAUUUCUGUUUGUAGCCCUGACGGGCAUGUCAUUGGGGGUGCAAUUGGUGGGAGACUUAUUGCAGCAAGUCCAGUUCAGGUGGUUGUAUGCAGUUUCGUGCACGGUAAUUUGAAGGCUAAGAGCAAGGGAGAGACUAGUACCAACGACGACAAGGAUUCAGCAGUCCGGUCCGUUGAGAGAUCAUCAACUAUGGUCAUGAGCGGUGCAGGUCAAGAGCCCGCUCCAAAUCCCUCGAUGGUUUGGCCUCCAAGCUCUAGGGCAGACAUAAGAACUAUGCAGACGGGGAUUGACCUGAUGCGUGGAUGAGACUCUCGAGGGUUUUGUACAUACGUGGUGUUGUAAAUGAAACGCCCCCCAGGAAAUGUUCAACCGUUUUUAACUCACUGCCUUCCUGCCCGUAUUAGUAGACGUGGAUUGCGCUAACCCACCCACCGUAAGUCUUGAUUUUUAGAUUGUUUUAAGUUGCGAUAGAGAAGAAGAUUGCGCCAUUGGAGUUUAGAUUUUAGUAGUAGUAUUGAUGGAUGGAUGGAUGGAUUUGGGUGUUGGAAAAUUGGUUAUAACUUGUAAUGUUGGAUGUAUGUUUUAUUGGUUUUCUUGUUGUAACUGGAAACUUUGAUUAUGGAAGAUGACUAAGAUUUUUAGCCUGAGAUUCAGACCCUACCUUCUCUGAUUUUUGGGCCAUACAAUACAUUA